UCACGCGUCGACGGCGCUCUCUGCCGGCGACCUCCGACUUUCGUAACCGCAACUCAUUUCCUUGUGCUAGUGGUGUGAAACGACGGACUUCCUUCUUCUUCCGCCGGAAGUCCGCCAUUCGUGUAAUGUGCUGUAAGCUGUCUAAAUAAGGAUACAUCUGGUGCGGUCGACAACGACAGGCACUGCUGAGGUGGGAAAUGGUCAUGUAACUGGCACUUCGUGGUAUCUUUAUGUGUGACUUAGUGUAUAUGCAAAACUGUUGUGUACACGCUAGUCGUGCGUCAAUUGUGAAAUGAAGAGUGAAACGCAACGGUGACUUUACAUAAAGACGUGGAAAUGAAAAGAGAAAAGUACAAGAUUCCCUCCUCCGAACUCAGGCUGGGUGAGCGAUGAAGGGGUGGUUCGACGCGUUCCGCGAGGAAGGCGGGCCGACCCUAUACGCUUACCACAACCGCACAGCUGUCGCAGCAGACGUGCCGGCGCUAGCGCUCCUGCUCGCCGCGCUCACGCUUUAUCUUGCCUUCCUCGCCAUCUUCCCCGGCAUCAGGAAAGAGAGGUUCACCACAUUCACAAUAGUCACACUUAGUCUCUUCGUGGGCACAGUCAUAUUGGUGUGCAAGCACGGAUCAUCGUGGCACGUAACUGGCUCGCGAAUUUCCCGUGCCGCUUACCGUGCCUUCUCCGCUGAAAGACUUGACUGUUGGCUCGCCGUGCAUGUGGGUCUUGGACAUGUCAAUGUAACCCUCACUGCAUUAUCGUGGGGCAAUACAACAGUCGGUGAUCCGGGUGUGGACUACAACGAGCAGUUUCGCUGGGAGGAAGCUGGAGCAAUUCAAGAGUGGUACAGAGCAGGGCUAGUGCGAGGACUACCAUAUCCGGUGCUGUCCGUAGCUGAACACUUCGCAGUACAGCACGAGGGUUUUGAAUGGGGAGCAAAGUACCGCGCAGCAGGAUACACCACUUCUACUUUAUUAUGGACAGCACUAGCACUAUGGCUUCUAAUGAACCUCCUGUUGGUGGUGGUGCCACGUUAUGGCGCGUAUGCCAUGGCGACGGUCGGCGUGACGCUAUGCGCCGCCGCCGGCGGCUACUGGGCCUCUCUGCCCACUGCUCCGUUGAUAGUCAGGCUCGACGGGGCCAUGCUGUUCUUCUCCCUCGGCUGGUGCUUCUGGCUAGUCCUCAUAUCAGGAUGCAUUUGUAUAGUAGUUGGCCUGCUAAUCGCAGCGCUCGAUUUAAUGUGGCCGCACCGUUUCUCCACGGUGCUCGAAGUGGAUUAUGACACCCCAUAUGACAGACAUGUGCUGAUCGUCGACAGCCGGCAGAGGGCGCGACCACAGACACAAAAUUCGCUUCCGUCUAGAAUACUAAGGAGAUUAUCUUCAAAAACCCGGGACCCAGAGGCAGCGUCCCCGGCGGCGGGAAACGAGCCGCGCGGCCGCGACAACCCCGCGUUCCAACACGAACAGCGGAAACCCAACUCACCGUGGAGAUAUCCACUGUUUAGACGACAGAUAGACAGAGUGGACUCCGCAUCGAGUUUGGGUUCGAGUAUAAACGGCAACAACUCUGGCAUAAAAAUGUCACCUCUAGGAACUAGCCCCACUGGAACAUCGGCUAAUAUUCCACCUCACAGGUUACGACCUCAAAUACCAGCUACAGAGAGAGUAAAGGAUAUGUGGUAAAGAGAAAGUGAUAUUUAUAAUAUUAUAACUUAUUAAAAAUUGAAGCAAGUAGUGCCAGGUGUUAAGGAACAAUAAAAUUACUGAUCUCCACAAUGAACUGUCCAAAUUUCUUCAUAUUAUUUGGUGUAUAGAAUUGACUCGGAAACCAAAUACAUGAAAAAAAUAUAUAUAUAAUAACUACUUUGGUUUCAGUUAAUUUUAUUAGAUAUCUAUGUAAUUGAAAAAAAAAUUGUAAAUAUGUAAAUUAGUAGUUAAUUUUCUAAAUUAUAAUCAUACGAAUGCAUCCAGUGUCAUAAAUCAUAAUCUCUAUAGAAUAGUAGAAAUCACUUUAUGUACCUCGUUUAUAAUUAUUGUAAUUUUUAGCCAAUAUAUAAAUAAAGGAUUGGUGACUUACGAUACAUCGACACAUAAGUGAAUACUUUGUGCCAUGUGAUAUUAUACAUAAUCGAAACAAAACAAAGUAUAACUAUAUAUUACAGCAUCAAAUGUGGAUACGUUUUACCUAGAACUAUAUAAUUGCAUAUUUUCUACCGAGUAGUAUAUAACAUUAUCAAGUAUAUAGGAUCAGAGCUAGUUGUAUUUAUGUUUUUUAUUACAAUGUAUUCCUUAGGAAUAAUUUAGUAAAAUCAUUACUUUUCAUUUCUAUAUUGCAUUUACGAAUUUAAAAUAUACAUAUAAUCAUAUUUAAUACCUGUACCGGAGAAAUAUAAAAAAAAUCCUAUGAUUUCUUUCAUACUUGGAAUAUUUAGUUACCAAUCUUAGAAGAAGUUGAAUGAAAUUAGUUUAUUUGAAAAUAAGACAUUAAAAAAUAACAUUACAUAAUAUUCAAUAAAUUUUUAUUCCAACUAUUUACUAAUUUUAAUUAUUUACUAAAUAUGCCAAGUUUGAAAACCAAAUUGUUUUUUUGCGUUCAGUUCAACAGAAUUCUCGUGCUAAUAAAUACAAACUCGUACCAAUAGAAUUGUUCGGUUUUUGUAUUUAAUCUGUGACUAUACUUAAUUGCUAUUCAUUAUUAACUCUGCAAUCAACUACGUAAAUGCGUAAACCAGUGCUACUUUAUUGUAUGCUAGUUCACUAGUUCUGCUAUGUGAACAUACUAAAAUUUAAUUUCUUUUAAUAAUGUGAUGCGACGCUCAAUGCCUAGUUCCAAAUUUAUAAUUAUGACAUAAUAUUGUAUAAAUAUUGUUUACUGACGAUACUGUCAAAUACCUACAUAUUAACUACUAGAACGAAGUCAUUUAGGAUUUAUAGGAUAAUUUUAAGUUAUUUAUUUUGUAAUAUUUCGAUGCUGUUGUUGCAUGUACGAGUGAAAUGUGAUAUUAUUAAAAUGUUAUAAUUAAUAUAAUGUGAUUUAAUUCACAUUAAAAAAUGGAGCUCAUGAAAUACGGAUUGUGAUGAACACAGGAAUGCACUUCCGUUGACGCGUGUGGCAAAAUAAAUAUGAAUGACUUUAUAUAAUUAUGAAAUAAUAUCGUCAUAGUCGUAGAAUACUGACAGAUAUAUAUAUGUAAUCUUUGUCAGAUCCGUCAGUAUUUUACGAGUAUGACGAUACCUACCCAUACAACACGCGCCAUGCAACUUCGAAUCAGACUAUCUGCCGUGUGCCCCGGCAAAAUUAAAUUUAACAUCACAGGUCAUUUUCAAUGUUGUGAAGAUGUAUUUGCAACAGUGAAUGUGUAUUGUACCUCUGACAUUUCAUUUAGCGUAAUAUAAAAGUGAGACUAUCGAAAAAAAUUAUUCAAUUGUAUUUAUUGUGAUUGCUAAAAAUAUAUAAAUUGAAACCUU